AUGAUUACCACCACAGAAAUCCAAAUGAAUAAAAAUUAUAAACAUUCAAAAAAUCACCAAAAAGGAAAACAGAAAGAAAAAAAACAACAACAGCGACAACAAGAAGAAGAACCACAACAAAUACAACUUAAAGAAGAAAAAGAAUCUACCUCCCCAUCACCAUAUGUUUUAAAACCUGCAUUAAAACCGAUUAAUAGGGUUAACGGUGGCCUAUGUAAAAAAAACUGUGUUACAUUCAAUGAAAGUUUAAAUCAAGAAUACCUAAUUCCAGCUUUAAAAAAGAAUCGUCUAAAGUAG